AUGUUAACGGAGCGGAAAAUGCAACUUUAUUUUGAUUCGGAUCCACGGACAACCGAUGCCGCUGUAAAGGAUCUAGGAAAAGUAGAUUUGUCGUUCUUUCCACCUACAUCAGAGGGAGAAGGUGGUCCAUACGGACUACGGCGGUCGAUAUAUUUCUCUGGGCCCGCCUCUGCAUAUUCCAUAGCAGAGAAACAAAACAAUGCCACGUCCAAGCUCAAAGACGCAUCUUGCACUCCGUACCAGGAAAUCCAAGCCUUAAAGACACCCGUCAUAAGACCUUAUCUAGCAUCACCUUCGCAUCAGCCCGCUCGGGAGAGGGCUUGA